GAGUGGACGUAUACGCAACCGAAAUUGCCGACAAACCAAUUAGGCAAAUAGCCUCCUAGUUCGAUAAAAAAAUAGAAAAAUAAAAACACAUAUAGAUCAAACGAGAACGAAUACAAGAGCGAGCGAGAGAGAGCGAAGUUUGCGAGAUCGGGUCUAUACACCUGUGCGUUGGGUGUUGACAAAAGGUGAAAAGGGUUCAUCGUGUGAACCUUUGCCCUCGUGUGUGUGCCUCAAAUAAAAUCGAAUAUAAAAAAGCCAUAAAUUAUAAUAAUAAAUAAGGCAACAAAAUUUGCAUAGUUGAUAAAGAAAGAGAGAGAGAGCGAGAGCAAAAUAAAAGAAAAGUUGGUGGUGUUGCGCUGCCAACCGCCGAGGCAUGCGAAUAAAUUUGCCACGGCUACAACAAUUAUCCUCGAAUUGCAGUGAAAUCCUCAAGCAACGCAGUUAACAGAGCAAAUAGAUAAGGCCCCGCAGAGGGUGCCUCGGAUAUCUAAAAUAAAAGCAACCAACAGACGUCUCAAGAGAAGCCUUAAGCCAUGGAACAAUUUGAACAGUUGUUGACAUGCUGCGUAUGCCUGGAUAGGUAUCGCAUACCAAAAUUGCUACCAUGCCAGCACUCCUUCUGCAUGGAGCCCUGCAUGGAGGGUCUGGUCGACUAUGUGCGACGUCAGGUAAAAUGUCCCGAAUGCCGUGCCGAACAUCGCAUACCCUACAAUGGAGUACAAGCCUUUCCCACCAAUGUCACCCUGCAACGUUUUCUCGAAUUGCAUAUCGAAAUUACCGGCGAAUUGCCAGAUCCAACAUCAGGUCAAAUAAUGGAACGUUGCGGUGUGUGUUCGGAGAAGGCUUAUCUCUCGCAUUGUGCCCAUUGUGAGAAGAAGAUUUGCGAGGACUGCAAAAGUGCUCAUAUGGACAUUUUGCGCCGCGAGAUAACCCGCUUCAAUUCACAGAUCCGCCGCAGUUUACAUCGUCUGCAGGACUCGUUGGCCAUUAUCGAAAAGAACACAAUGAGUCUACAAACAAAUGCCAUCAGCGUGACAGAGGAAAUCGAUGAGAUCUAUCGUCGCAUUACCAAGGCCAUCAAAGAUCGUUCAGAUCAGCUGAAGGGUGAAAUUGAUCGCUAUUUGGCUGUGGAGCUGCGUAACUUGACCACACUGAAGGAGAAUCUGGAUCUGGAGAUUACAAAUAUCUCGAGUAAUUGUGACAUUGUUGACAAAUACAUGAAUGAGACAGUCGAAUGGGAUGAUUGUGAGUUAAUGGACACCAAAGAGAUCUUCCUAAAGACAGUGGAAUUUCUGCGUCACUUUGAGUAUGAGAACAAUGAUUACAGUCGUCGUGUACGGUUUUUGGUCUCCAUUGAUCCUAAUCAGUUGGUCAUGAAUCUGGCUACAUUUGGGGAUCUUAACAUUGCGCCGCAUUCAACACCUGGUGGCUCAGUGAGCAGCUCCCAUUUGGCACCACCUACAGCCCUUCAACCGGGUCUGAUGCGUUCCAAGAGUGAUCAUCGCCUGGCCACACAAUUCAGACAACAGGAGGAACGCAGUGGCUACAACGAUGAGCCCGUUCUGGGUGGCCGUAAGUUCGGUGAGCGUCCUCAGCGCACAGCCAACAAUGAUCGCUAUGGUGAGAGUAGUCGCUAUGGUCGCUCUGACUAUGAGUACGACAAUGACAAUUAUGAAAACGAACCGGCUGGACGUGCUGGUAAAUCUUCCCGUUUCCGUUCCCGCUUUGUGCGUUCACAUCAAAACGAUGACUCAGACAGCGAACAGCAGCAACAACAGCGCCAACAAGAGAUGAAGGAGCGUAAAGAUCGUGUCCUUGAUAGCGAAGAUGUGUCUCGCGGUCAAUUGAGUGGCAUCAUUCGACUCAGUGAUUGUUCCCGUGUCGUUCAACGUCUGGCCGACAUAGGCAAGGAGAAAAAGGAGAAGAAAUCCGAUGCCGCCGAGGCAGCCAAGGCAGCUGUUCAGGCAGCCAUCCAAGCACAAAAGGCAGCCAUGCAAAGACAACAGCAAAAGAAUCAACAGGCAGCUGCGGCAACUGCAGAUGAGGAUGAACUAGCCCGCCAGAAGCGCAAAAAUGCAGGACCAUCAUCAUCAUCAUCGGGAGCCGGUGGCAGUGAAACGACAGCCAGUGAUCAGCGUGUGGCAGCCCUUAAGAGUGGUGCGGCCUCGAGUCGUGGUGGAGAGGAUAGCGAUAGCAGCACAAACCAGGCAGCAUCUCCAGUGCGUACAGCCACGACAAGCGCGCGAGCCGAGGUAAGUGUGAAUGAGGCAAAUGAAGAAGAAGAUCUGUCCAGUGACAGUGGCAGCGAGGAAGAGGACGACGAAGAGGAAGAUGAUGCAGCAGUUGAACAGAAAGAAGUAGUGCCACAGGUACAAGAGGAGGAAAAGGAAAAUGAGGAUGAAGCUUCAACAUCCUCAUCAGAGUAUGAAUACGAAGAGGUUACAGCCACUGAGAGUGAGUCAGAAGAAGAGCAAGUCGAAGAGGUUCCAGCUCCAGCUAUGCCAGUGAUUAAUGUCUUUCCACCUGAGCAUGAACUAGUGGUCAAAGCAGAUGAAUCUCGAGAAGAGGCAGAAUUGAUCAAUCCCAGUCUCAUAACAGCAGAAGAAGAUGCUAGUGGUAGUGAAUAUACAGAGAUAGAGAUAGAGUCUAAACCGCCCGUUGCGGCUCCCGUGGCAGCUGUGAAGAAAACUCAGCGUUCCGGCAGCAGCGAUAGUAGUGCCUCAACCGAAAGCUCUGCCAGUUCGGCAACAGCAGCAGCAGCAGCUGCAACAGCAGCGGCGCCAAGUAGCAGCAGCAGCAGCAAUCAACAAAAGGCCGCCAGCACGAAUCGUUACUCCACGGCGCGCGAGUCAACAGCAGCUGCAGCAACACCAGCCACACCAGAGAAGAAGCCAUUUGUAAGCCGCUUCCUGCCACAGCAUAGCCAACAGGCCUCAAAUGGUUCAGCGGAUGCCAACAAAAAGAAGGCCGAAUCGAGUUCAAGCAGCGAAGAGGAAACUAGUUCAGAGUCUGAAUCAGAAUCGGAGCCAGAGACCAAGCCAAAGACUAGUACGGCAGCAAGUAGCAGUAGUGCUGCUACCAGUAAAUCCACACCAAGCAGUGCCUCUAGCUCAACGACUGCAGCUGCAACGGCAGCCAGUUCCUCCGGCAGCUCCUAUCGUGAUCGUCUGGAGGCCAGACGUGCCUCCCGUGAUGAGAGUGGCUCUUCGGCGGCAUUGAGUCGCAAUAGCUAUGCCACACCAUCGACAACGAGCAGCAGCGGUUAUGGCAGCAGCUCCACCCGUACUCGUCCCGUGCCGGCUCCACAUCAUGUUGGCGACACUGAAGAUCGGGAACGGGACCGUUAUGGCAGUGGCGGCAGCAGCAGCUACACAAGCCGCUUUCUAAACAAAAGCAAGAGCAGCGCCAUUGUAACGCAACCCUCGCUAUCCACGCCCACUGCCUCCUCGUUCGAUGAGGACGCCAAUGGAACUGGCGAUGAUUCGGAUAGUCGCUAUGGCACCGGACGUUCAAGAUAUUUGGCCAUGAAGGAGCGGCGUACUCGCCUGGCGCGCAGCCGCUCCUCCCAUCAGUUUGGCAACGAUGAGGACGAUCUGGAUGAGCCGGUAUCACCGACCACAGUCUCACCAUCCGCUUACUUGGCUUCAAGAUACAGCGGUUAUGGCAGUAGUGAUCUGUCCAGAAGUCGCUCUUCUCAUGCUCUGAAAUCUCGCGAUAAUUCACCAAUAACCGAUCGCAGUGCUGGUUCAUCACGUGCCGGUUUGGCUAGCAGCUCGACCGAUAACAAGGAUGGUGAAGCCCUGAGCUCUUGGGCACGUUAUUUGAAGAAUAAAUAUGGAAACAAGAGCAGCAAGGAUACGCCAAGUGGCAGCACCAGCUCAAGGGAUGCACACGCUAGCACUAGUUCAUCGGCAGCCGGAGCAGGGGGAAGCCAUCACAGUGGCACCAGCAGCGGCCGGAGUACUACCAGCGAUGUGUCGCGACGCCUCAGCUUGGGCUUGCCUUUGCGCCAGGCCAACGAGCUGGCCUCCUCUGAUGAUGAUGGGUCAAAAAACGGGCUAGGCUCCCCUACGUCCCCUACGGUAGCAGCAGCAGCAGCCGGUAUAACCGGAGUGGCAGGUACUAUCCCUAAACAGGUGUACCUACGCAAGCGUCAGCAGCUUUUCCAAUUGGGGGGCCGGGGGAGCGAGCCCGGAUCCUUUACGUGGCCGCGCGGCCUAGCCGUCGGCCCGGACAAUAGCAUUGUCGUGGCAGACUCUAGCAAUCAUCGCGUUCAGGUCUUUGACUCGAAUGGCAUCUUUGUCAAGGAGUUUGGCGAGUAUGGCAAUGGCGAGGGCGAGUUCGAUUGUCUCGCGGGCGUGGCGGUCAAUCGCAUUGGCCAGUACAUCAUAGCCGAUAGAUACAAUCAUCGCAUACAAGUGCUUGAUCCGCAAGGACGUUUCCUGCGCGCCUUCGGUUCGCAGGGCACCGCAGAUGGCAAAUUCAAUUAUCCUUGGGGCGUAACAACCGAUGCACUCGGCUUCAUUUACGUUUGCGAUAAGGAGAACCACAGAGUGCAGGUUUUCCAAUCCGAUGGUUCCUUCGUUGGUAAAUUCGGUUCCUGCGGCCGUAGCGAGGGCCAGCUUGAGCAUCCGCAUUAUAUAGCCGUAUCAAAUACGAAUCGUGUGAUUGUUUCCGAUUCGAAUAACCACAGGAUUCAGAUAUUCGAUGUGAAUGGCAAGGUGCUGUCCACGGUGGGCGGUGAAGGCUCCGACGAUGGUCAAUUCAAGUUUCCACGGGGCGUUGCUGUGGACGAUCAGGGCUAUAUAUUUGUGGCCGAUUCGGGCAAUAAUCGCAUACAGAUCUUCAAUCCAGAUGGCAGUUUUCUCAAGACUUUCGGCUCUUGGGGCUCCGGCGAUUCGGAGUUCAAAGGACUCGAAGGUGUGGCCAUCAUGUCCAAUGGCAACAUUUUGGUAUGCGAUCGCGAGAAUCAUCGUGUUCAAGUCUUUUGAUAGCAACCCAUUGCAUUAUCUAAUGAAACUCUUUUCAUUUAUUUUACUUUACUUUAUUUACCGACAUUUGUAUAAAAUCGCAACAAAAAAAAAACAAACCAAAACCAAGAAUAAUAUAAUGUCUUUAUUUCUAAAUAUGCUUAGAAAUUUUGCUCAAUUAUCUUAAAAGCAAAUGCCAAAUACAAAUCGACAAAAAAAAAUUGUUAAACUAGAACG